UUGUAACAUGAACAAGAUUGUGUGCGGUACAGUCAUCGCCGAGUCGAGAAAGCAUGGCGGUCCCCACAAGCAGCUUGUGCAAGGUGUUUGGGAGGCUAUGCCACCCAGCAUUUUUGCCUGCACCCGGCCGUGUUGCAGCUUUGCACACGACGGCAGCACUACAGAAGAACAGAGCCGGUCGCUACAGGGUGACACGCAAUCACAGCAAGCCGCUCACAUAUGAAAUGUCCAACCCACCUCACCAGAUUGCCCACCGCAAGGCGUGGAACUCGUGGAACACAAGCAACCUGCAAGGAGGCUUGCGACGCUCUGAGACCCUUGUGGAAGACAUGUUCAUUCGCAAAUUCAUGACUGGCACAUGGCACCGUAUGUUUGUUUCGGAGAUCCUCAUCAAGCGUCGAGCCAACAUGAUCUUCAUUGGAGGCAUUGUGCAAAGAGUGGUGAUUCCGCGUAAGAUGUACUUCCUCAUUGGCUACACUGAAGAGAUCCUCAGCUAUAUCCUCAAGUGCCCUGUCAAGCUUGAACUACAGUCAGUUGCUGACCGCAAGGAGAUGGUCUUCAAAUACAUUUGAAGGGUGUA